AUGCCAGUGUCUCCACCUGGAGCUGAGGGACGGGCUCCCUGGACAGUGUUUGAUAAUAACGGCAAUGGCACUAUUAGUCUUCAAGUCUUUGGCACUGAGCUUUUCAUGUCAGGAAGACUGCUUUAUUCAUCUCCUGUUGCUGAUAACUCAAACUUUGCUUCUUUGUUCUGUAGAUUCUACAACACAAUGUGGGUGGAAGCCCAACAAAACCUCAGCCUGCUGCUCCAUCAGGAGAUGCCAGAUGUUCCUCCAAAACCUCAGAAGGAUCGCAUGGCAGUUGCUCAACAACUUGGGACCAUGUAUGUCAGAUACCUGCAGAUCUUUCGAAAUCUUGAGUUGGCCUUUGAUCAGAUGACACAUCCACAGAAGAGACGGCUGGUGAGAAUGGUCCUGGAUGGUGUCAUGGGACGCAUUUUGGAGCUAAAAGAAGAACUGGUUGAAUUGGAGAUCUCUGAAUUUCAGUAUUUUGAUGAUAUUCUGCAAGACCUGAAAAUGGGACCCGAAAGUUUGGAGAUUCCAAUCCCAAAAUAUUUCAUCAAAGAAAAAAUGAAGGUACUGAAGGAUCGGGAGCGAAUUUUAUCACAAAUCUUGGAACGUACUGGAGCUAAGGAUACAGAAAUGGUAAAGCCUUUGAAAGCAAUGUCUCUUGAUGAAGCAGUCCGUGUGAUUCAAGUGUCAGAGAGAGCCCGACAGGGGCGUUUGCGAGCCAAGUUCAUGAAAGAGAUCCACCUGGAAGAGAAGAGAGAGAGAAUGGCUAAACUUCAAGGAGAAAGGGCCCUGGAUCCUGAGAUAGCCGCACUACGUAUCCAGAAGGUCUGGCGAGGCUACAUUCAGAGGAAGAGAACCAAGCAGCAAAGAGAAGAGGAAAUGAUCUUCCUGGGCAUGGUGCCACCUGCAAAUUUCAACACUGUGAGCAUGGCGCAAAUGAUUGCCGGUAAGACAGAAACCCUUCGCACUGAACAGCAGGAGCAGCAUGAAGCCGACUUCCAGCAUGCCCUGGUGCAGAUAAUGGACACUAUAAGGGAAACAGAAGGAUUGGACAUGAAGGAAACACUUCAGGACCAGAUCCGGCAAUGGUUUAUUGAGUGCAGACAUGCUACAGGAAAAUUCCCUGACUUCCCCGAUGAAGAAGACGGCGGAUCCAAGGCUAUCUUUGCUCAGAAAACACCAGAACAGGUUGCUGCUGAGCUUGCAGCUAAAGAGGAGGCCAAGGAAAAAAAGAAAAAGGAAAAAGGAAAGGGAAAGAAAGGAAAAGAGAAGAAAAAGGAAAAAAAGGGAAAAGAUAAAGCUAAAGGAAAAAAGGGGAAAGGCGCAGACGAGGAGGAAGAACCAGGCUGGAAAAUGAAGCCAAGUGAGUUCUUGCCAGACAUAGGAUCUACACGCCACACAUAUGAAGCCGUUUGGCAAAAUCGAGAUGAGACCUGGAAUCUUCACCAGACACAUGACUCUGAGCUCAUAAAAGAAGACAAGAGGAAGGAAGUAGAAGAAGAGAUUAGGAUUCAGGUUGAUGAAUUGAUGAGACAAGAGUUACAGAACCUGAAACUGUCUGUGGACAGAGACAAAAACAAGAAGAAAAAAGGGAAAAAAGGAGGAAAGAAAAAGAAGAAAGGGAAGAAAAGUGGUAAAAGAAAGAAAAAGAAGGAAAAAGAUCUAACUCCAGACAGGACCAUUGAUUCGUUAUAUGAGGAAUUGGUUACAGAAGGUAUUCUCAUAAAACCAAAGCCUGUCAAGAUGUCAGAUUUCAUAGCUGAAUACAGUUAUUUGGGCACUACCAUACGCCAGGCUGACAUAGAGCCGAUGCCAUCCCUCAGUGAUGUCAAGCAGCUUCUAGUCUUGUACGGAGUUCUGCCUUUAGGUUGUGAAUCAGUGCAUGAGAAGGCACCAUCAGUGAAAGCCCUUCUUCUUGCAGGACCAGCGGGUGUUGGAAAAAAGAUGCUGGUCAAUGCUAUCUGCAAUGAGACGGGAGCGAACUUGUUUAAUUUAUCAGCAGCCAAUAUAGCUGGAAAAUACCCAGGCAAGAGUGGACUGCAGAUGAUGCUGCACAUGGUGCUGAAGGUUGGCCGUCAGCUGCAGCCAUCAGUCAUAUGGAUUGACGAUGCUGAGAAGACUUUUUACAAGAAAGUACCCAAGACUGAAAAGCAGUUAGAUCCCAAACGAUUGAAAAAGGCCCUUCCAAAAUUUCUGAAAUCUAUAAAAAAAGAGGAUCGGAUUGUAGUUGUGGGUACUAGUCAGAGGCCAUUUGAUGCUGAAGUGAAACCUUUCUGUAAAAUAUAUAAGAAGAUUGUAUUGGUGCCUAGGCCUGAUUAUGCUGCACGUCUAGUGUUAUGGAAGCAGUUAAUCUCUCUACGAGUAGACAGUGCAAUGUCUCUAAACUUCAGUGCCCUAGCAAAGAUCACGGAUGGAUUCACCCCUGGCCACAUGGUGCAGGCAGUGGAUACAGUGCUUAAUGAGAGACGGAUCAGGCAGCUUUCUAGCAAGUCUUUGGCAGCAUCAGAGUUUAUGGGUUCCUUAUCUCGACAAGAGCCAGUGUACAAGGAAGAGGAGGAAGCUUUCAAGAGCUGGUACUCCAAGACUCCCCUUGGGAAGAAGAAAAGCAAAGCAAUACCUGGUGCAGAGGAAGACACUGGAAAUAAAAAGGGGAAAAAGAAGAGCGCAAAGAAAGGAAAGAAGAAGUAGGAUUGUUUCUGAGGGAACCUGAUAUCGGUUCACAUUGGUCUAUUUAUGAUUACUACACUGUGAAGCCACUUUAUAUGUAUUGAAUUUUGAAUAUGUGUCACCCUAAAUGUAUCAAAAUGUAAUAAAAACUUAUCAGAGUAA